GUGUUUGCGUGUGUGUGUGCCCACGUGUAUGAACUGACCAUUAGGAUAACCACAAAGCAUAGUUCCCCCGGUGCUAUGAAGGCGUGGACUCCCAUUUGAAUCGUGAAAAGUGAAAAAUAAUGUGGCCUUUGACUCGCGACUGGAAGAGUGACUGUUGCUGUGCCCCGUGGACCUGCUGCUGCUGCUGCUGCUGCUGUGGCAGUGUGCGGUGCCUGUGGAGUGUGGUGCUUGGUGGAGGCGCAGAGCGAGGGAGGGGCGCGGCGCUGCUCUCCCGGGUAGAAAGCUGCUGAAGGAGAUGCCAUGCGCAGCCAGCCACCCCACCUCUCUCUCUCUCUCUCUCUCUCUCUCUCUCUCUCUCUCUCUCUCUCUCUCUCUCUCUCUCUCUCUCUCUCUCUCUCUCUCUCCUAUACGCAUAUUCCUCUCCCAGACCUUCAUCUCCUCCCCCUCCUCCCCUCCUCCAUUGCUCCAUCCACACUCCCUCCACGAGCCUCCACCGACCACCAGGAGGGAACAUGAGUCGUCCAGGUCGUCUUAACAAGGCGCUGAGUUGACGUGAGUGGGCAGAGGAAGAAGAAGUAGAAGAAGAGGAAGAGGAAGAAGAGGAAGAGGAGGAGAGGGAAGGAAGAUCUGAGCUGCGGAUAAGACCCUCAUCAGUCACUGCUACAUCUUGCAACCAGUAUUUGGAGAACACAGUGAGAAUAAUUGAGGGUGGUUGCAUCACCCUACAGAUAUCACCAUCUACAAAACUCAAACGAUGACCAAAGCGGCAAUGGAUCUGUACAUGCGUGAGGUGGCGAGGGGCGUGGCCAGGGGGCGGCUAGCAGCGUGUGCCACCAGAGAAAUGUGUAUGAACAUAAAAAAAGGCGCCCGUCAAGAAAGGUUUAUUGAUGAAGUGUGGAAGAAGAGGAGGAAGGAACAAUGAUAUUCGACCAGCUGCGGCAUCUGGGGGCUUCACUUGACUGGGACAGCUGGGACAUGGAUGCAGCGAGAGACUGGCCUGUGUGUCUGUCUGUACAUCCUGACGGAAGCGUUUGUCCGUCCGUACGAUGCUGGGCUGGUGUACCGCAAGGAGGCUCUCGUCAACUGGUGCUGCAGCCUUCAGUCGGCCAUCUUGGACAUUGAAGUGGACCACCUGCACCUGACAGGACCCACGGAGCUGGCAGUCCCGGGGUACAGCAAACCGGUCAGCUUCGGAAAGAUGUGGGACUUCCCUUACAGACUGGCAGACUCAGGUUCGUUCGGUGCAAGGAGUCGGCACAGGAGGCGUCCGAGGCUGUGCAGAGCGGCUGUCUCAACUUGGUGCCACAGCUGCACAGGAGGGCUUGGCAUAGCUGGCUGGACAACAUCACAGGACUGGUGUGUCUCCCGGCAGCUCUGGUGGGGCCGCAGAAUGCCAGUGUACCACAUUACUGCAGCAGAUGGCGAGGAGGUGUGGGUGGCGGCUGCUCGGAGGAGGAUGCAAGGCGGAAGGCUGUGGAGAAGGAAGGAGGAAGAUCUGGACACCUGUUACUCCUCUGGUCCCUCCCUUUGCCUCGCUGGGCUGGCCAGGUCAGGGGAGGGGAGAGACCAUGCUCGCUUCUACGCAACGACCUUGAAGACGGGUCACGGCAUCCUCUUCUGGGUGGCUCAGGUGGUCAUGCCGGGACUCGACUUGACGGGGUGGCUUUCCUUUGAGACUGUGCUGCUGCAUGGCCUCCAGGGUGAUGGUGGCGGCCACAAGACGUCCAAGUCCUGGGGCAGUGUGAUAGACCCCCUGGAUGUCAUCAGUGGGGCGUCCCUGGAGGUGUGUGACUUGCUGGUGCUGUGUGUUCUGUACUGGUGUUCAUUGGCUGUGGUGAGCAGUACCUUGACAGCAGGUACUGUGCGAGAGGGUGGAGGGGACCCUGAAUGCGGAAGAAGUACUCACUGGUCUCGUAUGAACUCCUCCACAGGCAUCCCAGAUUGUGGAGCUGAUGCCCUUUGGUCCACCCUGUGCUCCACCAGCUUCAGGAAACCGUCACCCCAAACAAUGAGUGGUGGAGGGUGCGUUCUGCGUUGACAGCCAGCAUGAGCGGUGACAGGAGCCAUGGGUGCCUUGCCUCCUCGCACCACCACCACAAGCACCACCACUCCUGCCAUCACCUACAAGGGGGAGACUGUGAUGUGGCUGCAGGUGGAUAGGUUCGGAGGCCUCCAGAGAGCUGCCCAG